CAGGAGAGCUUCCAGGCUCUGACGGAGAAGAUCACGCUGAGGAUGGAAGAAAUGGGUGAGCGCAUUGAUGACCUUGAGAAGCAAGUUGCUGACCUGAUGACAGAAGCUGGGAUAGAAAACAGCGAUGAAGAGAGUAAAGAAACUUGA